UUCAGAGGAAGUCAGAGAAGUCAUCAGUCCUCGCUGCUGCCGCGCUCACUGCUGGGAUACCACCAUCACUGCUUUAAGUCAAGUCGCGCAGUUUUCUCACCGUAUUUGUUCCUCUGCAGCUCCGGUAGGGAGGAAUAUCGUACAGCUGCUGCUGCAUCGGUCUGCGGGGGUUGAUCACUGAAGUUGGACCGGGGAAGUUAACCUGCUUUGUCACGCACCGUGGACGGUUUGUGGUGGGGAAAAGUUGUGGUCGCAUCAUGUUCAGGAGAGCCGGAGCUGCGUACGUGUGUGGAAAAUGAUUUCAACCAGCAACGAGCUUUUCAUUAUGCUGAGGAGAUGUCUGCUCACUUUCAAACCGUUCAGGAUCUUUGUGUUGGGGAUCGGUUUCUUCAGUCUGUGCUUCCUGAUGACCUCUCUCGGGGGCCAGUUUUCAGCCAAGAGGCCCGGAGACUCCCCGUUCACGGUGCGAGCAGAAGUUAUUGGCGGCCCGGAGUCCCGAGGCGUGCUGAGGAAAAUCAGUGACAUGCUGGAGGUCAUUAUGAAGAGGAUGGAUGCUCUGUCCAAACUGGGAAACACCACAGACACACACAGGCUGGAUGAGCUCAGCUCAGCCCUCGACAGGAUCCAGCCUGUAGGCCUGGUGGAACGGAUUCAGGCCAUAGCGCAGAACAUGUCUGACAUGGCGGUGAGGGUGGAGCAGAUCCUGCAGCGCAGCAUGGCCAAAAACAGAGUCAGGGACGGCAGCUUAGGACAAUGUGAUACUCCUAAAGACCCCCGUUAUCCAGACUGUGCCAGCAAGAUGGAUUGGAUGCGGGCUCGUUGGACCUCGGACCCUUGCUACGCCUUCUAUGGUGUGGACGGCUCUGAUUGCUCCUUUCUGGUCUACCUGAGUGAGGUGGAGUGGUUCUGUCCCCCGCUGGCCUGGAGGAACCAGACUGCUACUCCCACCUUGAAGCCUCUCCCAAAGAAACAGGCUGUUUUCCAGUCGGACGUUGGGACUCUGCUGGAGCAGGUCGGCACUGGGAAAGAAUCCCUGAGCUUCAUGAAGAGACGCAUACGCAGGCUGGCUGCUCAGUGGGCCUCUGCCGCUCGCCGGCUGGAUGACAAGCUCCGACACCGCUGGAGAGAGCAGAAAAGGAUUCUGGUCCACGUGGGCUUCCUGACGGAGGAGUCUGGGGAUGUGUUCAGUCCCAAGGUGCUAAAGGGGGGUCCUCUGGGUGAGAUGGUGCAAUGGGCCGACAUCCUCACCGCCCUCCACGUGCUCGGACACGACCUGAAGGUCUCAGUUUCUCUCAAGGAGCUGCACGGGUCUUUAGGCGUCCCUCCAGGAAGAGGAAGCUGCCCUCUGACAGGACCUCUGCCUUUUGACCUGAUCUACACCGACUACCACGGCUUACAGCAGAUGAAGCAGCACAUGGGUCUGUCCCUGAGGAAACACAAGUGUCACAUCCGAGUGAUCGACACCUUUGGCACCGAGCCCGCGUACAACCACGAGGAGUACGCCACUCUGCACGGCUACCGGACCAACUGGGGCUACUGGAACCUGCACGGCCAGCAGUACAUGACCAUGUUCCCCCACACUCCUGAUAACUCUUUUAUGGGUUUUGUGGCGGAGGAGCUGAACGAGACGGAGAGACUGAACAUUCAGAGGAACAAGGUGAACAACAUGGCCGUCGUGUACGGCAAAGAAGCCAGCAGGUGGAAGGGAAAGGAAAAGUUCCUGUCCAUCCUGCACCGCUACAUGGACAUCCACGGCACAGUGUACUUCGAGACGCAGCGCCCCCCUGAGGUGCCCGCCUUCGUGAAGAACCACGGCCUGCUGCCUCAGCACGAGCUGCAGCAGCUGCUCAGGAAGGCAAAGCUCUUCAUCGGGUUUGGCUUCCCCUAUGAAGGUCCCGCCCCUUUGGAGGCCAUAGCCAACGGCUGCGUCUUCCUCCAGCCCAAGUUCAGCCCCCCUCACAGCUCGCUGAAUCACGAGUUCUUCAGAGGGAAGCCCACCUCCAGGAAGGUGUCCUCUCAGCACCCGUAUGCAGAGCAGUACAUCGGCAGGCCGCAUGUCGUCACUAUCGACUUCAACAACUCUGAGGACUUUGAUUCAACCAUCCGGGAGAUCAUGAGGAGCAACGUGGAGCCGUUCCUGCCUUACGAGUACACCUGUGAAGGGAUGCUGGAAAGAGUCAACGCCUACAUUCAGAACCAGGACUUCUUCCCCGAAGCUCCGUUUCCUCCCGUAAACUCCUCUUGGCUCGGCAGUCCUCCCACUCCUUUCAUCCUGCAGCAGCACAACUCCAGCAUCCUCACCUGGGCCUCCAACGCCAGCGCCUACACAUCCUGGCCGCCCCUCAGUGCGCUGAGGCUGCUGGCUUCACUGGAGGGCCAGUCCUGCGUGAAGGCGUGCCAGAGCGCCGGACUCAUCUGCGAGCCCGCCUUGUAUCGAUUCAUCAACAUAAAGGAGGCCUUCAGCGCGUUGGACUUUCAGUGCGAGGGUCUGGAGUCAGAGAUGAACCACCUCUUCCCGGCCUUCUCAGCCGAGCACGCUGAGUGUGGCCUGCAGCAGGAUCCGUUACUGUUCAGCUGUGCCGGCUCGAGCUCCAAAUACCAGCGCCUCUGCCCCUGCAGGGACUAUCUUAGCGGGCAGGUGGCGCUGUGCAGAGACUGCCUAUGACCAGAGGAGGUAUAGAGACUCUUCUCUUAAAAAAAAGCUGGAGAGGUCCAGGCUGCACCUUGAAGACUCCCUCUGCAAAGGGAAGAAGUGCUGGGACACGCUGAACACAGAGACUCUGCUCCUUACCUCUGACCACAGAGCGGCGGCCAAAGAAGGUAAAAACGGUUUUACCUCUCAGGGAACUGCAUGAUUGUACUUCUUGAAUCUGGAGAGUUUGAGCCGGUGAGGUUUUGAAAAUCGACGUGGCUGCAUCAGUAAAAUUUGCAGCCAUUUUGAAAAAAUGUGUCAUUGUUGGAUUUAGAACGAUCCAAAGAGGAAAUCUUUUGAUCAAACAUGUUACAAAUGCUUGAAGUUCACAAGUGUGUUUACUCAGUGUUGUGUGGAAACCUACAGUAUCAUCGUGGAGUUUGGAUAUUUGUACUAGAUGCACCCAAAGCCAUUUACACCAUGAUGAGAUGUACUAUUUUACAUGUCCUGUAAUGAAUAUAUUUGUACAUUAGUGUUGUUUAAUAAAAACAC